AUAUUUUCUGCGAAUAUGGCAUCCCUGUCCGUGCUGUCAUUCUAAAUUAAAUGGCGCUGAGUUCCCAGCAUUUUUCGUAAAUUAAUUCUACGUAAAAUGUCCAGCGAAAGCGAGCAAUAUUACAGCAAUGAAGAGGAGGAUUCGGUGGUUAACAACACAAGUUCAGGCCUAGCAAGCCAAUCUUCUCAUCUCAGCCAAAAUAGCAAAGGGACUGGCGUCAUUAUAGAUGAAACCGACACUGAAGCGGAGGAUUCAAAGCUGGCGGAGCGCUCGGAAGAAUCAGGACAGACCAGUAAAUCGGAGGAAUCGGAAGAGUCGGAAGAGACCGGUAAGUCGGAGGAAUCUGAGGUAUCUGGUGAAUCGGAGAACGACAGCUUUCGACCGCACGCCAAGAGCACCAAAAGAAAAAUGCUCCGGCCCUUGGGAAUACCUUCCGAUACCGAGAAUGAGGACGAAGAACUGGAACAGCGCGCCCUGUCUCCAUGCACCCGUAUGAGUAUCACCGGAGUGCGGCCCCAGGAUCUCAGCGAUGGCGACAGCGAGAUCGAAUACAGCGAUGAGGGGCAGGAGACUAGACAGGCAACCGCUCAAGGAGCUGUCGUGCCGCGCUACACCACUCAGUUCGCCGGCAACAUCCAAGAAGCCCUCCAUUCAACCCUGGGCUCUGCGGAAACAGAGCCUCUGGAUGAGUCCAGCGGAAGUGACGUGCUGAUUCUCAGCAGCAAGGAGACGCCCAUUGAGAUAUUGUCUAGUACGGAUGAAGACACCAGCAACAACAAGGAAAACAUGUCCGGUUCUAAUUUAGUGCGGUCAUCUAGAUCCUAUUCUCCAAGAGGCAACGCUGGCGCUCCAGUGAUCAAGGCCAGUAAGUCUCUUAGUCAGCCCACCAUACAGGCGGCCCUCAAGUUAAAAACGUCGCCCGCUCGAAGCCAAUCAAAGGUGAAGACCGAGGAACAGAGGGUGGUUAGCCAGGUGGUCUACGAGGAGGAGAUGCGCAAGCUGGCAGAGAGUCGUGCUCAGCUUAGUGAUGCGGAGAAGUUGUUUGAGAAGGUGGCCCACAAGCUGCCCGACAAGGGCAGCCAGAUUAUGAAGCGCAUAGCUGCCCUGCGCAAAGAGGUAGAAGUGAAGGCACAAAUUGCAAACGGAUUAAAGGUGGAACCGAGUAGGGUGCCCGCAAUAAAGGUUACCAACGCAAUAUUCAAUGCACCAAAGGCCCCUCAAAUCGACACACCUGACUGGGAAGACUUGUCGGCAGAGGUCAAUCAGAUCAAGCCUGUUUACACAGGCACCCAGGGAAUGGCCACGUUCAACAACCAGAAGGCCCUCACCGUGGAAUCAUUGAAGGACCUCCAUGGCUCACUGAAGGAUUGCCCUGGACCCGAAGUGCUGGCGGAGGAUCCCAAAGGCUUAAAAAUCGCACUGAUGGAUCACCAAAAGCACGCCUUAGCCUGGAUGUCAUGGCGCGAGCGACAGGUUACUCGCGGGGGAAUUCUGGCAGACGAUAUGGGCUUAGGCAAAACUCUGACAAUGAUCUCAUCCGUGCUAGCAUGCAAGAAUCGCCAGGAGAGAGGGCAGGAAGAAGAUCAGAGUAGCGACAGCGACAGUGAUGAUGAGAAAAACAAAAAGCGAAAAAGUACUGGCGAAUGGAAGUCCAAGGGACGGAAGGACACCCACAAGGGUGGCACUUUAGUAGUAUGCCCGGCAAGCUUGCUACGUCAGUGGGAGAGCGAGGUGGACUCCAAGGUGUCGCGUCACAAGCUGACCGUUUGCGUGCACCACGGCAACAACCGGGAAACCAAGGGUAAAUACCUUCGCACCUACGACAUGGUGGUGACAACCUACCAAAUCGUAGCCCGGGAGCACAAGAAUUUAAGUGCCGUGUUCGGCGUCAGGUGGCGACGGAUAAUCCUGGAUGAAGCGCAUGUGGUGCGCAAUCACAAGUCACAGUCAUCAAUAGCCGUCAGUGAUUUGCGAGGUAAAUAUCGUUGGGCUUUGACUGGCACUCCCAUCCAAAACAAGGAACUUGAUGUGUAUGCGCUAUUAAAGUUCCUACGCUGCCAUCCCUUCGAUGAUUUAAACACAUGGAAAAAGUGGAUUGACAACAAGAGCGCUGGUGGGCAGAACCGCCUCAAUCUGCUGAUGAAGUCGAUCAUGCUGAGGCGCACCAAGGCACAGUUGCAGUUGGAUGGCAAGCUGAACAAUCUGCCCAACAAGGAGAUACGUCUCAUGGAGAUAUCGCUGGGUAUUGAAGAGAUGAACGUUUACCAAACAGUGAUGACAUAUUCUAGGACACUUUUCGCCCAGUUUCUCCAUCAACGCGCCGAGAAAGACACCGAUUUUAAUUACAGAAGCGAAGCCAACAAACCAACCUACAAUCAAAUAAAGGAUCCAAAUGGGGCUUAUUACAAAAUGCACGAAAAGUUCUCCAGAAUGGCUAGCAGCAAAAAGGAGGUCAAAUCUCAUGAUAUUCUUGUGCUAUUGUUGCGCCUGCGACAGAUUUGUUGCCAUCCGGGGCUGAUCGAUGCGAUGCUGGAUGGGGAGGAGGCACAGAAUAUGGGAGCGAACAGUGAUAGCGAUUCACCGGAAAUCGACUUGUUAGCGCAACUGAAUAAACUGGCCAUUACCGAUACCUCCAGUGAUGCUCAUCCUUCUGGUGCCAUGAGAGGAGAUGAAGGCUAUGCUGGCCCUCCUCUGGCUGCAGAUGAAGCUCGAAUCGCCAAGGCCUCUAAGAAUCUGAUGAAGCGCAGUAAUCCGGUAUUUAAUUUAAACCGCCCUUCCUCAAAAAUUUUAAAGGUAAUAGACAUACUCAGGUCAUCAAUUCUGAAGAGCUCGGACGAUAAAGCCAUAGUAGUAUCGCAGUGGACCUCGGUGCUAGGCAUUCUGCGGGAUCAUUUAAAUAAGGAUAGAGUGCCGACGCUGUCUCUGAACGGAGCCGUUCCGGUGAAAAGCCGUCAGGAUAUUGUGAAUCAGUUUAACGAUCCAAACAAUCAAAACCGCAUUCUUUUGCUCUCCCUCACCGCUGGCGGUGUGGGUUUGAACCUGAUAGGUGCCAAUCACCUUUUGCUUUUGGAUCUUCACUGGAAUCCCCAGUUGGAGGCUCAGGCCCAGGACCGAAUCUAUCGCGUUGGACAAAAAAAAGACGUGAUUAUCUACAAGUUUAUGUGUGUGGACACUGUUGAGCAGCGGAUCAAGGCCUUGCAGGAUAAAAAAUUGGAAUUGGCUAAUGGCGUCCUAACGGGCUCCACAGUUAGUUCAAAACUUACUAUAGAUGACCUUAAAGGUCUAUUUGGAAUGUGAAGUUGCCCAAAGCUGUUGCGAUUUUAAGUUUAUUUCAUUGUCGUUCCUCAUUUGUAUUUCAUAAAACAAUUCUUUGAUUUUAUUUACAGCGAAAUAUUUAUUUAAGAUAAAUGUAAAUUUCCUUUUUGUUUUUAUUUCUUUGUUUUGAAGCAUUUUUAUUAAAAUUAACUAGAAUACCAUUUAUAUUGUUUGGUGAUUUAUAAUGAGUUUUGUUAAAUUUAAAAGUGUUCUACUAUAUUUUGAUAUACUUAUUUUAAUAUUUCGCUUCUUUUGUUUAUGUGGAUACAAUCGAAUUCCACUAUAAUCUGAAUAGCAUAACAUUUUUGGUUUUUGUCGAACUGUACAAAAGAAAUAUUUUGAUGUAUUAAGAAUAAUUUUGUUUUAAAUUUAGAACUGUACGCUACACUUCUUUCUGCCGAAUCAGUUCUCAAGAAGUAAUAAUAACCACAUACUUUCUUCACAAGGCAGCACACAGCCCAAGAAAAAUAUAAUAUAUUCUUAAUAAAUAAAAUGUUUGUUUUAAGCUGAGAAUUUCAUAUCAAUCAAACUGGUUUUAUGUAGGUAUAUUGAGGAAUUUUUAACAAAAUGAACUGAUUUCGUUUCUUAAGUCAGUUAGGCCUAGGACUAGAACUGGUUAAUAUAGAAUUGUGCCUAUUGUAGGUUUAAAUUUUGUGCUGAUCGAUAUUAGAUUCUAAUUAUUUUCUUGCAGAGAAACUUUUUAAAAAUUAACUGUUGUAUAUACAAUACACGAAGAGUUACAGCUGACACAUACAUCAUUCCUUAUAAUAACUCGUCAUAGAGUUUUUAUAAUAUAGGUGUGCUAUCUUUAUUUAUUUGAGAUCAAUUUGAAAAGGUUUUGAGGGGAUUACACUUUCAUAUUCUGAUGAUCUAUGAUUUUUAUGUUUCGAUGGAAUUAUGUAAAAGAUUAGAUAUUAAGGUUAGAUAUUAAAUAACAUUCUGCGGAAUCAGGGAAUAUUUGUUACACUCUGUACGUCAGGGCCAUCCAUAGAAAUGAUCUUCAGCGAAGGUGUUGAUAUUAAUUAAUUAUCGCUGUGAAAAGACAAAAAUACGUUUUAAAUAGAUUAGUGUGUCGGCUUCUUAGUUAGUUAGAAAUUCAACAUUGCACUGCCAAUAUGCUUAAGCGCUAGUGCGGCAUAAAAUAAUUUUUAGUACCAACGAUCACAGUGCGCCCAUAUGGGUGCACUGUCUCGGCCAUAAAGUCCAUUAAAAUCAUUGUAAUGUCUGACAGUCAGUCAAGGGCAGCUAAGGCGAAGACGACACCGGGCCCAGAUAUCCUUGGCCAGCUUACCUGCUGAACACAGGCCAAGUCCGCGUCCUCGGACUCUUAAGCAAUGAGCUGCGCUCUGGCGCUCGUAAAAGCAAAUUUUAUAGCCACCGUUGCCCACGACCAGACCAAGUGGCUGGGCUGGAAUGAAAUGGGUUGGAUUGGUAUGGGUUGGCAGCCUGGUCCGCACAAUAUGGGAAGCAUCUGGGUCCCGACCCGAGAGCUCGAUUUUUAUAAUGCGAAAUGUGAUUUUUACGACGCGUUUUAAGAUAAUGCGGCAGGCGCUAUACCUCGAUUCUCCAUUCGUUUUGCCUGAUUUCUAAUUGUUGCAGUCAUUUUAGCUCAAGAUAACACUGAAAACCACUUCUACCAGCUCUGCACUAUAAUACCAAUGAAAAAAUCAAUGGACAAUAAAUUCUAAAUUGUAAACAAAUGUAAAACAAAGCUGCCUGUUGUCUUGAGAACAUAAACAAAAUAAUAAAUUUAAAUUUAUUUUAGCCCAAGAUUAUAAAUUGAAUAAGAUCAGGCCCGAUGAGAGGGAGACAGCCGGCACAUUUUUCCGGGGCCCGCAUUGGUCAGGGGCACGGCAGCGAGAAAUUUUUUUCGAAAGAAAAACAUAAAUCAAAAAGUCCACUUUUGUUCUGUGACUAAACUCAUUUAGCUUCUGAUGUAUAACACUUCUGUAUAAUUCAAAUAAGAAUCGAAAAGGGCCCGUGUCCGGGGCCCGGGCCCGGUGUGGCUCUCGACGGACCUGAAUAAAAUGUAUUUCAUGUAUAGCACAUCUAUUUU